AUGCUACAUUUAUUUAUUGUAACUUUAUUGUACUUUUUCGGAUAUCAGAAGCAAAAGGAUCAGUUACGUGGGUCUCGCAGGACUUCCAGGAUUGUGGCAUUCUACGGCCUGACAGCUCCUCCUUACGAACUAGUGAGAAACGUUGCCAUGGAUUGCCCGAAUCCUGAUUAUUCUUUAGUUGGUUGAUUACUGUAAAUUGUGAAGCUUAUCUUAUUUAAGUCGUUUUAUAGGAUGCUCUAGAACCAUAUAUGAGCCAGAAGACGUUGGAAAUCCACUGGGGAAAGCACCAUCGUGCUUAUGUCGAUAACUUGAACAAGCAGCUCGCCAACAGCCCGUUGUAUGGCCUCACUCUGGAUGAACUGGUGAAAGUAGCCUACAACAAUGGAAACCCGUUGCCAGAAUUCAAUAAUGCUGCCCAGGUGACUGCCUCCCAUUUGUAUUCAAUCUUCUGAUUCCACCCGGAGCUUCACGGUUCAUUCUAAUAGCAGGACUCCAACUGUCUGACGACUUUUCUUAUUUAUUUUACAUCUGCAUUCCUCAUCCUAUAUGGAAGAUGUUUAUGCUUCCUGGAAAUGAUAAUCUUGAUAUUCCUGCAGAAGAAACUUUCGAAUCCUCCUAGUUUCUAUUUAUCUGUUAUAUUGAACUCAUAAAAUCGUAUUAUUCGUACCAUACAUAAAAUGAUAUUUUGCAUUGAAUCAUCAGAUAGAAAUCAUCGUACGAAGUUUGUCUUUUUCUCCUGCACCGUGGGCUCUUUGAUUCACAAUGCUUUUCGCUGUUUCUCCUGCAUUGUGGCUUGACCCAGCAGCGCGCUAAAAGAAUCAUUUAUAUAUUGGUCAAAAUAUACCUUGGAUAUAUUUAGAAGAACAUAUGAAAUUAUGCCUCGCAGGUCUGGAACCACAAUUUCUUCUGGGAGUCAAUGCAACCCGACGGUGGUUACAUGCCCGCAGCUGGACUCCUCCAGCAGAUAGAAAAGGAUUUCGGCUCCUUCCCAAAUUUCAGGGAGAAGUUCAUCACCACAGCCAUGUCACUCUUCGGGUCUGGCUGGGUCUGGCUCGUCUGUAAGUGCCCUCUGUUCCACAUCAGAGAUGUAAAUACAUUGAUUCAUCCCGAAUGAUUGAUUCCAUAAUAUCCCAUUUCGUUUUCCAAAUCAAAUCCGUUGCCACCAUCAUCUUACAGUGAAAAAGGAGGAGAAAAAGCUCGCGGUUGUUGGAGCAUCAAAUGCUGUAAACCCAUUAGUUUGGGGUGACAUCGUAAGCUGAUAUUGUUUCUUGGACUAAUGCUUCAUCUCGUGGAAAAGGAUUUGAUUUAAUCCAGUCUCUUCCCCUCCCUUUCUUGCAGCCCAUCAUCACCUUGGAUAUGUGGGAGGUAAGGCACACGGAUGCGAACUAAUUAUCCUCAUAUCAUCGAUUAUAAUAAAUAAAAUUCUGACAUUUAUCUGUUCUACUUCCUUGUCGUUGACCAAACACAGCAUUCGUACUACCUGGAUUACAGGGUAUGGCUAGCUCUGUCGAUCUCCCGGGUUUCUGAUUUUUCCUUAUUUAGAAACUUAUUUCUCAGUGAUUUUCGGACAGAAUGACCGGGGGAAGUACGUGAAUGCCUUCAUGGACUCCCUUGUCUCGUGGCAAUCUGCAACCGCUCGGAUGGCCCGUGCAGAGGCUUUUGUGAACCUGGGGGAGCCGAAGAUCCCCGUGGCCUGA